CUGCGGAACCGUAAUCGUAUAAUUUUAGUAACUGAAUUAGUUUGUACUAUAAAGUGAACUGUAAUUAGGAAGAAAGUGCUUCUAUGAGACGAACCAAAAUCAUUGAAGUCAAAGAAACCUAGUAACCGCUUGGUGUGUGGCAUCAUUUAUCCCUGUGUUGUCAUCAGUGCGGGUCAAGAAAAAAGACAUUCGUUUCAUCUGUGAUAAGAUUACACAAUAAUCUAUCAUGUAUUCGUUGUUGGUCUUAACGGUUUUAUACCUCACCAAAGCAUCAGCACAAGACCUCAGCACCACAAUAGCAUCAACCACUGAAGGACCUAUGAUCCAUAGGAUUGUGUUCGAAGCGGAAGAAGCAUCCGGAAGUGGAGACGAACCAUCGACGGAAGAAUGCCGAAUGAGUUACAUCAAGUUCGAGGGAAUGUAUUUGCGCGGAGUGAAAGAACCCAAUCAUAUAGAUUACAAUGCAACGACGUUUGAAGCAUGCGAGAAGCGAUGUUGUUAUGAGACAGGCUUCAAAUGCAGAUCGUUCAGUUAUUUCGAGCCAACGCACCAAUGCUUUCUUAUGAACGUUACUCGUUACUACACCAAAUACGAUCUGGUUUCAUCGAAGUCGCACGUCCACGUUGAAGUUGUCAAAGAACUAAGUACGACAACCACAACAACAGUAGCGUUUCCUACUCCAGCUCGAACACCAAAGCGACCCGAGUCGUCCUCAUCAACAACCACCGUUUCUACAAUGGAUCCCAAUUUCGGGGUGAUGGGCCCAGACAAAGGAAUUCUAGAGACAAUUCCGCCACCGGACCGCGUGGUCGCCCCAGAAUGCCCAAAAAGAUGUCUGAAUGGUGGAGGAUGUUUACUGAGACGAACGAAUAAAGGCGUUGCUGCAAGAGAAGCGUAUUGUAAAUGUCAAAAGGGAUACACUGGUGACCAAUGCGAGAUGGAGGUUUCUGAAGCUGGUGGAUUUCCGAUGUGGGUGAUUGCACUCAUUGUUCUUGGCGGAAUCAUACUUAUCCUAUUCCUGACUGUUUGUAUCAUGUAUCAUGUGUACCGGAAGAAAACAGGAGAAUACAAAGUUGUGAAAGCGAUUCAAAGAUGGACGCGAAGAGGACGUGGAAGAAAGAAGCUGGCCCGGGCAGCACCGACACCAGAAGAUGAUUACGGCCACAUUGAGGAAAACAAUCAUCUUCCAACCCAACACCUUCACCCUCAACACCUUCACCCACAUCUUCACCAUCACACAUCUCCCACCACCAGUGUUCAGAGUAUCCACGGUUCCGUGACGUCAUCAACAACUCAUUCUACAACCACUUCUGUGUAAUAGUGACGUCACCGAUGACGUCAUGGCUAGGAAUCCUAUAAAAGUUCCAAAGACGAAUACUGCUCGAUCAUGAUGUCGAUGCGCUAAGACAAUGUCUACUAUUUGUUCCAUUUCUAACCAUUUUCGUGCCUGAAGCGCUUUGUUUCGUCACAACAAAGAUACUUUUAUUGCGUCAUAACAAACAUUACACAAAUUUCCCCGCUCUUAGAUCAUGGAUAUUAUGCUUAUAUUACUCUCGGGCACAUCAACAAUAGAAAAGUGUCAUGAGUGUGUUGUCAUAAUCGCAAAUCCGCUACAAAAAUUAAACUAGCCCAACGAUUGUUAAGUCACAAUUUCAUAUAUAAAAUCAGGGUUGUUCUAGUAUCUAUCUUACAUUAUUCAAUCCAUGGCUACAAUCCUUACAUAUUCCACUGUGAAUUGUAAAUAAUUGUGACGUCAUAAUAUUUUCCCGCCAAAAUGAUUUGAAUAGUUUGAGUGCAACCGUCAUGGUAUUUCCUUUUUUUAGCUUUUUGCGCUGUUUAGUGAAAUUUUUAUAGUAAAUCUGUCUAUAAUCAGUGAGCUACCCUUCUAGUAAAUCAUUUAUUUGUCAACACAAUGUAUACGCAUCAUCACAUAAAGCAUAACAAAAAAUCAAAAAUCUAAAACUUACUCAAGUUAGGUUGUCUCAAAAAUGCUGCUGAUUUUAGCCCCAUCAUAUAGAUUGAACCCGCGGAUAUACGGGUGCAAAUGUAUGGGUUCAAAUGCACGGUCACCAUCUACUCCCCCCCCCUCCCAUUCGUUUGUGAGAACUACUACUAGUAUUAGAUCUAUCCCAACUCAGAACAUAUUAUGAAUCCCAUUCCACAUUUUAUCCUUAAAUUAAGUGACAGGAGUUACGGGGGAUCUUGAAAGGUUUGACUUCUGUUAAUGUGUUUGCACAGUAAAAAUAUUUUACCUCACAAAUGAAGUUAACUUGAUUCGCUUUGUUUUAACAAACUCGCAAUAAGACCUAGCUAGUAUCUAGGCCAGAGGGUUUCGGACAUAAGGUUUUAGGACCACGGGCAGAAAAUUUCGCCCACCUAAACUGACAGGUCAGGUAAGUGUGACGUGAAAAGUUACAUUUUAUGAACAAUAUCGUAAUCGUAAUAAAUUCCUUCAGCUAUUUUUACCUAAAACGUCAAAAAUUAGUUUGGUUCGGCUGUGACAGCAUCAGGCGGGCCAAAUUGAAUUACCCAACGGGUCGGAAUUGGCCCGCGGGCCAUAGUUUGCCCAUGUCAGGACUAAACGUUCCGAGGCAGACUCGAGUGCGUAUGCAUGUUUAUCAACGACGCGCUUAAGAGACCGAUAUCAGUAUUUAAAACCCUAGAGCGUUAAUCUAUAAAUACAGAAAUAAUUAAUCAUGUUGUUAGAAUGUGAUAAAACAGUGUCUGUAACCCUAAACGCAUACACAUAUACAAUAGCAGUAUUAACACUUUCAUUUGGGUAGAGAAAUAUUGAAAUUUGGGCGCUCCAGAAGUAUGUGCACCAAUAUGGAGGUAACUCAUUUUGUUCGUCUACUGUACAUCAAGUUGUGUAAAGAGGCUAGCACAGACGGUCCUCAAACCCGUAAUAGAACUGAAAUAAGGAAAUUGGAAUAAAAACAUAGCCUAACCUGGUACACAUACUUCGGGAGUACCAAAAUAUGAGCAUGACAGUGCCAUGAUGAAAAUGGGACUUGUCUAUCAUUUAUUCAUUUCGAUACUUUUUCUGUAUGUAAUAUAAGAUUUAUUGUCUAUUAUGAAUUUGUGUUUCAUUGCCCUUUUUUGUUUUUUCUUAUUUUAUUUUGCUAUCAUGAUAUUGUUUACUUUAUAGCUAAGAUUUGAAUUAAUUUGCAGUGUUUUGGCGCCAAUUUGUGCCAUUUUAGAAUAUUUUCAUUGUUUUAUUGCUUAGCUUUGUUAUAUCAUAAUUUGAAACAAUUGUUGUAAAAUUAUUCUCAUUGUUACGUCAUAUAAAGU